AUGCACAGGUUGCGGAGAUGUAGUAAAAGUAGAUUCGAGAUCUCUGUGGACCAAAUUAGAGUAAAGCCCUCUGGUUCUUUAACUCUUUUUCUUUUCAGUGUUGAAAACUCGGUGUUUCUGAAUGAAUUCAGGCGUAAAAUAGAGAAAGCGCAACGAACAAAAAUCAAAGCUACUCCCAAGUCAACUACAUUGACACCACAACGAGAGAACUACAAAAUGAGACUCGAGCUAGUUAUAAGGUUCACCAACGCUCUAACAUCUACUGAACAGAUUCCUGAUCUAACAUUACCAAUUAGUAUAAACUUUGAUAAAGACGAUGUCAACAAAUUGAUCAAUAUAACAUGGUUGAAAGCGUCCAUUAGGAGCAAAUUGCCACAAUGUUCAACCAAGCGUUUGAAAUUGAUUUACAAUGGGCGUGUAUUAAAUGAGAAAACAGACUUUUCUAAGGAGGUCUUGAGACCACGGUUGGCAACUUUGUCCGACAAUGACUCAAUAUACAUUCAUUGCGUUGUGAGUGAGGAAUUAACCAGACAACAACUCGAGGAUGAGAAUAAGCUAGACAACAGGCCCCAGGAAGUUACAACCACGCCCAAUGUGAUUGGUUUUGAUCGUUUGUUGCAACAAGGGUUUUCAAGGGAGGAUGUCAGUGAUUUAAGACGACAAUUUUAUCAAAUAUAUGGACAGGGUUCUGCUGGCACUAGCAGUGAAAUAGCUGAUUUAGAAGAAGAUGAGACUAGACAACGGAAUUUAAGACAAUUGGAAGAAAGGUGGAUUGAGUCGACAUCAAACAAUGACGCAACAGAACAAGGAGGUAUAGCUGGCAAUACCGCAACCGCAGGGCCUGAAACUGGAGACCAAGUACCACCUCAGACACCAUUGGAUGCCGACGAGACAAGAAUCAAUGAGGACUUGUUACUUGGAUUCUGUCUUGGUGUGUUUCUCGGUGUUAUUUCGGUAGUGUUUCUUUUAGUCGACGACACAGUCUUCAACAAGAGGCAAAAGAUGGCAAUAAUAGCAGGUCUAGCCAUCAACUUUUCGUUGGCAUUAGUAAGAGGUUUAUGGUUGUAA